UUAAUUAACAUUUUAUUUUUUGAGUUAAAGUUUGAAGAAGCUAACAGUAAGCAAUGGUUGUACCCCACGUGUCCUACGCGUCAGUUUCAGGGGGCACGUGGGUCUAUCAAGUAAAUGGCAGAAAAAGCUUUGGACGAUUCCUUAGAAUUGGUUACGUCUUAUCACGCAGGCUGCGCGACUUUUAUAAACAAUAUUUGUGCUUGAGCUUGAAGUGUGUUGUAAAUGUUAAGUUUAUAGUGCUGGGAUUUGGAAGACUCUCUUUCAUGCUCUUUUGUUGGCAAAAAUCAACAUUAGUCCUCUUGAUGUUAGAACAUUGAUCUUAUUUCAUUAAAUUUGAGUUUUCUAUUGUUCAAUUACAGAUAAUCAAGAAUCUAUUGUCAACAAGGAGGAAAAUUUAAUGGAUGAAUCACCAUUUCUUAAACUGAAGCGGUGGCAAUGGUGGCUUUUGGUGGCAAUCAACAUAUACUUCCUCAUUGCUGGCCAAGCUGCAGCAGUUCUUCUGGGGAGAUUUUAUUAUGAUAAAGGUGGAAACAGUAAAUGCAUGGCCACUCUUGUCCAAACUGCUGGCUUCCCAGUCCUUUGUAUCCCUUGGUUUCUUCUUCACCCUUCUCGGGAAGCUUCGACUUCUUCCACUUCACCUUCCAUCAAAACCCUUGCUCUGCUAUAUUUUGUUCUUGGUGUACUUGUUGCUGGUGACAAUAUGUUGUAUUCUGUAGGGCUUUUGUACCUCUCAGCCUCUACUUAUUCGCUCAUUUGCGCAACUCAAUUAGCUUUCAAUGCAGUUUUUUCCUACUUCCUUAACUCACAGAAGUUCACUGCUUUGAUUCUCAACUCAGUGGUCAUCCUGUCAUUGUCUGCUGCCUUAAUUGCAGUGAAUGAUGAUUCAGAUGGGCCAUCAGGAGUUCCCAAGGGGAAGUUCCUUAUCGGCUUCCUCUGCACCCUUGGAGCUUCUGCCCUUUAUUCCCUUUUGCUUUCCUUUAUGCAACUUUCAUUUCAGAAGGUUUUGAAAAAGGAAACAUUUUCUGUCGUUUUGGAAAUGCAAAUCUAUACAUCAGUCGUUGCAAGCUGCCUAUCGACUAUCGGCCUCUUUGCAAGUGGUGAAUGGAAGAGUUUGCAGCACGAGAUGGAGGUAUUUGGCACCGGAAGAGUUUCAUACGUGCUUACAUUGGUGUGGACUGCUAUAACUUGGCAAGUAUGUGCUGUUGGUGUUGUGGGGUUGAUUUUUGUUGUGUCAUCUCUCUUCUCCAAUGUAAUCAGCACUCUGUCUUUGGCUGUUACCCCACUAGCUGCACUGGUAGUUUUCCAUGACAAGAAGAAUGGUGUGAAGGUAAUUGCCAUGCUUUUGGCUCUUUGUGGUUUUGCUUCUUAUACUUAUCAAAAUUAUAUUGAUGAUAAGAAGGCAAGGAGGUUGCAGACCCAUGUCCGGGAAAUCCAGCAUACUGCUUGAUAUGUUUGGUACCAAUGUAGACACAAUAAAAUAAAUACCAAUACACUUAAAUUUA